AUGACCACCUUCCCUGGCUUGCUUUCAGACGCUGACACGACCGUCAACAGCUGCUUCCGCAUCCUGCUCGCUACAGAUAACCAUAUCGGGUAUGCCGAGAAGGACCCCAUCCGUGGCCAAGACGCCAUCAACACCUUUCGCGAGAUCCUUCAGCUGGCUGUCGAGGAACAAGUCGACUUCAUCCUCCUCGCCGGCGACCUGUUCCACGAGAACAAGCCAAGUCGAACAUGCAUGCACCAGACUAUCGCUCUCCUACGACAGUACACCCUGGGUGACAAGCCGAUCUCGUUUGAGCUCCUGAGCGAUCCCAUGGACGGCUCGACGCCUGGUUUCUCCUUCCCUGCUGUCAACUACGAGGACCCGAACCUCAACAUUGCCAUCCCGGUCUUCUCCAUCCACGGUAACCACGACGACCCCCAGGGCACUGGACCAGAAGGAGCGCUUUGUGCCCUUGACGUGCUCUCCGUGUCUGGCGUUCUCAACUACUUUGGCAAAGUCGAUCUCUCUGCUGAUGAGGCCAACGAGCCAGAGGAUAAGGGAAUCAAGAUCCGCCCCAUCCUUCUCCGCAAGGGCGACACCCAUCUUGCCCUCUACGGCGUUGGCAACGUCAAGGACCAGCGCAUGCACUAUGAGCUGCGGUCGAAUCGUGUCAAGAUGUACAUGCCAGAAGGCGGAGAGAUUGCGGAAGAUGACUGGUUCAACAUCCUCCUGGUCCACCAGAAUCGUGUCAAGCACGGGCCUCAGCAGUUUGUCCCCGAGGGCAUGUUCGAUGAUUCGAUCAAGCUCGUCGUCUGGGGACAUGAACAUGACUGCCGUAUCACACCUGAAUCCGUGGAGGGUAAAGAAUACUUCAUCACACAGCCUGGAAGCUCAGUGGCAACAAGUCUGGCCCCGGGAGAAGCGUUGCAGAAACAUGUCGGCAUCUUGUCGGUUCAAGGCAGCCAGUUCCAGAUUGCAUCGUACCCGCUCAAGACUGUUCGCCCGUUUGAGCUCGAUGAGGUUGUGCUGGCCGAAGAGGCUGCGAAGCCAGACUCGAAGAUCAACCUCGACGAGAAGGACACCAUUUCGGCCUUUUUGCGUGGUAGGGUCGAGGAUUUGAUCCGAACUGCUCGCAGGAAGUGGAAUGAAACACACGAUGCGUCUCAGGAGGAAAUGAUGCUGCCAUUGAUUCGUCUCAAGGUACGUGAGGCUGAUACUCCGCUGGGUCCGGUUGAAACCUCGGAGGCGAAGGAAAUGACAAACCCUGUUCGUUUUGGACAGGAUUUCAUUGGGAGGGUGGCCAACCCACGCGAUGUGCUCCAGUAUUAUCGCAAGAAGAAGACCGAGAAAAAGGCUGCCAACAGGCCCGACGUUCCUGAGGGCGACGAAGGGUUCAGUGAUGGUGACGACGACGACGAUGGCAUGGCUGCCAUGACGACGAGCGACCGUUUAGCAAAGGUCCGCAUGGCAAACCUGGUGCGCCAGUACCUGAAGGCACAAAGCCUGGACGUCCUCAUUGAGGAUGGCCUGGAGGAUGCGGUGAUGCGCUUUGUGGACAAGGAUGACAAGGACGCCAUCAAGGACUUUGUGUCAGGAACUCUCGAGGGCGUCGGCAAGGAGAUGCGCAGCCGCGAUGUCGAGGAGGAGAAUGUGGAGGAGGAGAUGGCCAAUGCGAAGGACACUGUGGCAUCUCACUUUGCAGAGCAACCGGCGCGACAGGACAAGUCCAAGAAGGCCAAGGGCAAAGGCCGCAACCGAGCUUCAGACAAUGACAGCAUGGCCGAGGAUAGCAUGAUGGAAGAAGACUCUGACGACCAGGUCCGUGUGCCUGCGAGGAACGGUGCCACUCGGCCUCGUGCUGCUGCGAAGUCCAAGGGUCAACCAGCACUUUUUACGCCUGCCUCGGACGACGACAACGACGAGGAUGAGCAGUACAUGUCAGACGAGCCUCCGUCGCCACCUCCAAAGGCAGCCGCAAAGUCUCGAGCCGCCAAAGCAAAGGCGGCACCUAAAACGCCAUCAGGCACUGCGAAGAAGGCGGCCACUUCGGCCAGGUCCACCAAGACGUCCGGGGCCGCAAGCCGUCCGCAACGUCAGACCCAGCUCUCCUUUACCAAGAAGGCUCAAGGCGCGAGGGGUUCUCGACUGGUGGAAAGCGACAGCGAUUAAGAAUUGAACUGGCCCCAUCCCUAUUGUGCAUUAGCCAUCCCACCUCCCGUCAUACCCGCUGGCUUCCCCGACACGGUGUCGGAGUCUGGUGGUUGAAAAUAUCGUGUGUAGUGUUAGACCCUGGCCGCGUGCGGCAGCCGUUGCAAGCCCCACCCUGUUUUCCGGGCUGGCCCUGGCCGGCUCGCCCGAUCAUUUGGUAACGC